GUUUCUCUUCUUGAUCGACUUCUCUCGUUCCUCGUCUCCUGUUAUUUCAAUUUCAACAUUAUUUCUACACCCACACUCUCCAUACCGAGUGUCUUCUCUCUUUUUGUUAUCAUUGCCAUCAAGCCAAACGAACUCUUCAAUCUGAUAUUUGAACAACUGAUCUGAUCGCUAUUUCUGCUCUUUUCAGGGGGAAUGGCGGAUGUUGCUACCAAAAUCCCAGAUGCAAACUGGGUGCGUCUCGAAAUUGAGCCAGUUCAAGUGAGCCAUGAUCAGGACGCCACUCUAAACUUUGCCACCGUCCAAUCAGUGGUCCCAGGAGCACAUGGACUCUACUACAGAGAUGAUGGAGAGAGAAAAGCUCUCCUGUUCGACAACAACACCGGCAAGGUGUACCCACCUCCAAACGGAUGGGAUUCAGUGCCGAUUUUUAUCCAUUUAGCACACGGAUCACGCCACGGAACCCAUUUUGCCGACUAUUCGAAGGCCAAUGACGCCUUUGAAAAGAACAUUUCAGCUGUGCAGAAGCUUUUCGCUGCCGCGGGACUUGGUGGAAGGUCACAAAAGGUGUAUGCAGCUGGAAAGACCCGUGCUCGUAGUACUUCAAAGAAAAAUCAGCCAAGAAGCCAGUUUGAUGCUCAGCCUGAAAAUGUGAAUAUCAGCGAGGAGAGCGAGGGAAGAGACUCCGAAAAGGAAAAGAACGACCGACAGCUGGAAAAGCUGAGAAACCGAAAUGAUGAGCUGAAAAUUAGAGUGAAAGAAUACAAAUCCGACUUGUCAGCCGCUCAACUUAAAGUCAAAAAUCUUGAGAAAAAGUUGGAAUCCGCCCAAUCGGCUGAUUCUGAAGAGAAAUUCGUUCGAAUUGAUUCGGAAAUCGACGAGAAACGAUCCCAGGAUCACGAUGAAGAAAUCAACAACUUGCACAAUGUCAUUGAAGAGCUUCGAAACAAGUUGGCCACUGUUGAAUCGAAAAAUAAGGAUCUUGAGACCAAAUUCUCCGAGAAUCAAGAUUAUUUGAAGAACGCAAAAGACAAGGUAACAUUCUUAGAGAAUCAACUCAACUCCGACGCUCAUGAAGAAGUGAAGAGUACCGCCGUCAGAGCACUAGAGGUUAAACUCGGCUUGGCCAACAAUUCAAUUCGUCAAGCUGAGGCUGAGAAGCAACAGCUCCAGGAGGCUAACUGGUACGCGAACGAACGUGUCGGCAAGUUGGAACAGGAGAACGGAUAUUUGAAGGGAAUCACUGAACAAUUGAAGGCCAGAGCAGACACCUCACACGCUGAAAAAAUGCUGAAGGACAGCGAGAAGCGUGUCUGGGAGAUCAACGAAGAGAAGAGCAAGCUGGAGUGGCGUCUCGGUGAGCUCUCCCAAUGGUGGAACGAUGCAAAGUGGAAGGUCGGCGAGUUGGAAUCCUCUGUUGCCCUACAGAGAAAUUUGCUUGACACGGCAAACUCGAAGAUUCAAAGCCUUAAUGAUCAGUUAAUACAGGAAGUGAGGAGUCACUCCAGCACCAUGACCAUUCCCACCGACGGAUUCACCAUUAGCCAAAGCAACCAAGGAACUUGGAACCUUGCCAACGGAAGUAACCAGCCAUGUUUCACCGGAGCCAUCCCAUCCAUCCCACUUGUCUCAGCCCUGCCAUUCGCCGGAGCCAAUCCAUUCAUUUUUGGGGGAGCUAACGAAGGAAGAAAUGUAACGUUGACCAUUUCGAACACAGAGCAGGAAGUUUACUUGACGGGAAGUUUUAUCAACUGGAAAUGCACAUUGAAAUGCGAGAAACUGGUUAGCGGCAAGAAAGGAGUCACGGUCAAUUUGACGCGUGGAAGACACGAGUUCCGAUUCAUGAUCAAUGGCGAAUGGGCGACGUCGAGCGACUAUCAACAGGUGCCAAACGGUUUGGGCGGACAGAAUAACAUUAUUUUUGUCGAAUAAUAAUUAUUCCCUUGAUCACUUAAAUUGAAUUAUUUUUUCUUACCUGUCAACUUUGUUUCCAUUUACUUCUCCUCAUUUUUUGUAUCUUUAUUUCUUGUUUGUAUUACAUACCACUCCAUUCAAACUUAUGCAGUUAACCACUCUAUUCACUAGAUUGUGUUUAGAAAAUUGUGAAGAUUCUGAAUUUUUUCGGGACUUUUGGCAUUGCCAUGAUGUGAAUGAAUAUUUUCGGUUAAUAUUAAUUCAGAUUUCAAAUAACUUUUGUUCAAUAUGUAAAGUUUUUUUACUUAAUUUUUAAUAAUUGGUUGUUUUUUCUCAAUUUUCCGAAUUAAAUUUUUCAAUAG